GUAAAGCUGAUCCACUUCAAGCAUCAUACUAUUUCAUUUCACCUCUUAUCAAUCUUCUUGUUUCACCAUUGAUCUCAAAGCAACCAAACUCUCUUUCUCCGAUCAUUCUCCUCUUGAGUCAAACAAAAGACCUCUAGUUAUUAUAUUAUAUUGUCCACUAUUUUUCUUUGGUUAUUCUCAUUUUUCACCAACGAAAACAGAAGAAUCAAGAGCAAUGGAGAUAUAUAAGAGAGUCACCUUGCUUCUCGUAUUUCUAACACUCUCCUCAGUGAACACCAGCUCAAAUCCAUUGAUACCGAUGGACGGAAACAAUCCUACUAGCUAUUGCUUAAGCUGGAGACUAGCAAUAGAAACCAACAACGUACGUGCGUGGCGCACCGUACCUCUACAAUGUAUGCGUUACGUUGAGGCAUAUAUGCUCGCUGGUCAAUACGACAGAGACGUCCAGUUAAUUGUGGAACAAGUUAGGGUUUAUCUCAAUGAGAUAGUCCUUCCUGGUGAUGGCAUGGAUGCAUGGAUCUUGGAUAUUGAUGAUACUUGCUUCUCGAACGUCUACUACUAUCGGCUCAAGAGAUACGGAUGCGACCCUUAUGAUCCAACUAGAUUUAGAACAUGGGCGAUGAAAGGAGAGUCUCCAGCGAUACAACCUGUUCUUGAACUAUUCAAUGAUCUGAUAGAAACAGGAUUCAAAGUCUUCCUAGUAACUGGUAGAGAUGAGGAGACCCUUCGCCAAGCAACAGUUGAAAAUUUGCAUAAUCAAGGCUUCAUUGGUUAUGAAAGGUUGAUUAUGAGGACAUCAGAGAACAAAAAACAAAGCGCAGCAACAUACAAAACAACAAUCAGAAAGCAGUUGAUGGACGAAGGUUACAGGAUAUGGGGAAAUGUAGGCGACCAGUGGAGUGACAUACAAGGAGAAUAUUCAGGGAAUCGCACCUUCAAGAUCCCUAACCCUAUGUACUUCGUUCCAUAGAAAUAAAAAUUACUAUGAUCAUUUUCAACCAAUC